UUGCCCUGAAAGUAGAAGAAGAAGAAGCAUCAGCAGAAGGAAGCGGUUCAGUCUUAAGUACAGGGACUUAGUGUAAAAUGGACAAUUUGGACAGUUUAAACACGUUCUUGACAGAGCGUUUAAUGACGGUCGCUGGAGAGAUUUUUCAGGUGUUUAAGGACGCGUUUAAUGAUUAUCAGGGUGAAAUAGAGCGAAUUAAAGAGGAGAACCGGUGUCUCAGAGAAGCGCUGGCUGAAAUCUACAACAGAGUUCAGGAACGAGCAGAUAAGCACGACACGUCGUUUAUACAAGUGAAACUGGAAGUAGAAGCCAGCCCUGGGGAAUCUGACCCACAAGAGUCUCGGAGUCAUCCACUCUUGUCCACGCCAACGCCUGCAAAUCUGGACAAGGAAUCAAAUUUUCCAGAGAAAUCCAAGACGAAGGAUGAAAACGAUGACAACAGCAGCAGCAGCAGCAGCAGCCUCAAUACAGUCUCAUCUGCCACAGUCAAAGUGGAGCCAUGCAGAUCCCAAGAUGUCUUCUCAGAGAAGGUUAAACCCGAAGCCCAAGCCGAAAACGAACCAGCAUGCGACGAGCAGGAGCCUCUUUCUUGCACGUACUGUGACCAGACCUUCACUGAGAUUCCUCAGCUGGCAUCACACGUGCAGUCUCACAUGGCUUUGUUUACCUGCGAGGUCUGUGGAAAGUCCUUCAAGCAAAAAGGCACGUUGAAAACGCACAUGAUCGUGCACCGGAAAGACAGACCGUUUGCCUGCGGUUACUGCAUGAAGCGCUUCAAGCUGAAAAGUCACCUGAAAGAGCACGAGAGGAUACACACGGGUGAAAAGCCUUUCAGCUGUCCUGUGUGCAGAAUGUGCUUUACUCGUUCCAAUCCUAUGAAGAUACACCUACGCAAUCAUCACCGCGAGCAGAUAUACCAAUCGAGCUAAGGCUGGGAAAUUCUAGACUCGGGGAUGAAGUCGAUGUCUGUUACUUAUCUCGUGUUUCUUUGGUUAGAUUUCACAUUUUUAGAGUUCUGUUGAUUUGUAACAGAAGUACUGAUUAUUAACUGAGGUUUAACUACUGCUUAUUCAUUCAGUAUUCUGAUUUAUUGUCUAUUCCUUGUCCAUGCUUCACAGAAGCCAGUCUCUUUAAUUUAAGUCCGAAUUCUACUGAUGCACAAUGAGUUCUGUUUUUUUAUAUAUAUAUAUAUAUAUAUCCUGGAAGAUUUUAUAUGGAUUUUACCAAGACAACAGAGGGUCUCCACUUUAUUAAACACUAAAUCACAGUGUUUUUACUUUAUGACUUAUAGUAAUUGCAGCUAUGGGUUUUUAAUGCGAUCGAUUUUCGGCAUUCGGAGAAAUAAUGUAAAGAUGUUUUUUAUUCCUGGUGAUUUUACUAAAAAAAAUCCUUUUAUUGUUGUUAAGCGAGAAUCAGUUUUCACUCCAAACUAAUAAAUACUACUUGUAGUUAAAAUACAGCAGGCAUUUGACGAUUACUUCAACAGAAGUACACCAACAAAAGCAAAGCAUAUAUUAUUGCAAAUGAGUUGAGUCAGUAGGAUCAAGAAAACUAAUCGCCACUGUGAAAUGUCACAGCUAUGGCGAUGAUCAGUGUGAUUACUAAUGCUUGCCAUUAGUGUCUAUAGAUCAUUUGAUUUUAAAGUUAGGGAUGGAGAAGCAUAAAACCAUUAGAUAGAAUGUUUCUUAAAAUAAAAAGAUAUACAAUUUUGAUCAAAUCAAAUAUAUUGUAGUUAAAAAUAUCAUUCUAAAUGCUUCACUGUUUUUAUCUAAUAUUUCUGUGCAUUUUUGUUUAUUUGUAAUAAAGUUAGAUAAGUCAGUUCACAUAAA